UGGCAGCAGGAGCGCCCUCGUCUUGCCCCGUAUUCUCAGUUGCUUCGACGUAUUUCUCUCUCUACGGCUCAAGGGACCGGAGGAGGUAGAGAGAGAAACUCGAAGGGGAGAGGAGGUAGAGAGAGAUUGGAUGGCUGCUCUGCUCUCCGCUCCCGGAGUGGCAUCGUGCUCUCCUUGGUUAAUAUGCCUUACUCUUGCUCAGCGGUUGAUUCGAUUAAUCUUUUUCUUCAAUCCUGCCACCGCUGAUGUUUUCCCCUUUAGUUUUCGAGGUUUGCCUCUUGGAUAUUUGUUAACUUUAACAGGAUUUUUGGUUGGCGCUGCAUAUUUUUGUUCUUGACCGUUCUUGCUUGCUUGAUAACCUUUAGUUUUAGCUUGGCUCGCAUUACGCGAUGCGUUCUUGCUAGAAUCCAAGCACAUCUUCUAUGAGCUUAUAUCUGUAUUCUAGAUUGCGUGGGGUGGCGUGCUAGAGUUUUGGGCAGUGGGGAGGAUGGAAAUCCGCAAUCCCUGUGGCUUGAAGCUUUCUUUGUUUUUUGUUUUGUUUUUCUUUUUGCGAAUUGUGGCGAUUUCUGGUGAUUCCGAUUGAAUUAGUUGUGCAAUAGAGUCGUCUUAAGGUAUGGAUAUGCAUCUUAGCACUUCAGUGGAGUGUUGGAUCAGGUUUAUCAAUGCGUGAGCUUGUUGGUAGGAGUUAAAUGGUUGCUGCAGUAUGCCAGUAUCUUCCAGUCUUUUUAUAAAGACCUAUCAAACCUGACACAAAAUUGAUGAUAAACAAUACUGAUCCUUUCUUGUUAAUAAAAAGGUUUCCCAGAGAGUUCUUCAGGGUUCAAACGCCUGGGAUGGGGAAAAGAAAAGGAAACUGGCACAUGAUAGUCCACUGAGAGCAGAUACCACUUGGACUCUGCCUGCAAUAGAUGUAAAUCUGAGAUCAAUGUAGCCCGACUCUCGCGGGAACAAAGCAGAAUUAAUUUGAGGUGGAAUUUCUCAGGAAUCAAGUAUUAGUAUGAAUUUGAAUAGGGGGGAAAUUGCCUUGCUUGGUGAGGCACCAUUGCUGUAUAAAACAAGCAUGCCAGCUCUUCAUUAAUUUUAUUGAAAAUGGAGCUGCAGUAGGUCCUUAUCUAUUAUAUGUACUUGCCCUAGGUUGAUGCUUCUUAGGCAUUGAAAAGGGUAGAUAACAGUUUAACAUAGUCCUUUUCAAAAAGAAAACAGUUUGACAUAGUAGUAUGUUCCUAUUUAUAGCUAUACUGGACAUUUCAUCCUGUUCCAUGGAGCAGUUAGUUUCAGAAUUUUGAUUGGCCUACUUUGUGCCAGGUGCUGUUUCUUUUUUGGGGGGGAUGGUUCUCUUUCUAUUCCUGUUGUCCUGUUAUUUUCUAUCGUUUGCUCAUAUGCCUAUCUGUUUGUCUUUUUUGUUGUAAUGUCUAACGUCUGCAGACACUUCAAGUCGCUAUGCAUAAGCAUAUUUGAGUGAACGAGUACAGAGCAAAUAAUCAAACUUGCCAUGAAGGUUAAUGCAGGUUUCAUUCAUCAUAUUUCUGUGAAGGACCAUCCCGUCCAUCCCAUGUCUAAGUCCAACCAUGGCGUCUUGUCAGGAAAUGACCAUGAGAUGAAGCAUUUAGGUCAUAAAAUUCACGACAGGGAUUCGUCAUCAGGGUCUGGCCAGUCUCACCAAGAAGCGUCGGCAGUGAGUGAGACAAGUCUAAACGAACACACCUCAAUUCAAUCUGACAAUGAUGAAGGUCAUGGGAAGCAUAAUCAGUUCACAGUGAAGCCAGUAUUGUCCAUGGGGAAGCAAGGAUCUGCCUUUUCGCCACCAAAACUAGAUUACAAUGCAUCUUUUGCCUGUGUUCCUUAUAAUGCUGAUGCUUACUAUGGUGGGGUUUUGACAGGAUAUCCUCCACAUGCUGUUGUCCAUCCCCAGCAAAAUCAAACAACAAAUGCUCCAGUUGUGUUGCCUGUCGAACCUGCAGCAGAAGAGCCAAUAUAUGUUAAUGCAAAGCAAUACCAUGCAAUCCUUAGGAGGAGACAGACACGUGCUAAAUUGGAGGCCCAGAAUAAGCUGGUGAAAGGCCGGAAGCCAUACCUUCACGAGUCUCGACACCGCCACGCCAUGAAGCGAGCUCGUGGGUCAGGAGGACGGUUCCUCAACACAAAGCAGCUCCAGGAGCAGAACCAGCAGCAUCAGGCAUCAGGUGGUUCGAGCUGCUCAAAGGUCAUUGGCAACACCAUAAGCUCCCAGAGUGAUCCCAACCCUACCACACCUUCAGCACCUGCUUCUUCCGACACCGCAAGUGCUUCAAGGACCAACCAGGACCGCACCUGCUUUCCGUCAGUUGGCUUCCGCCCCGCCAUGAACUUCAGCGAACAAGGUGGAGGCAGCGCAAAGUUGGUUAGGUGAAGAGAAGUGGAGAGGGCACAGCAGCAUCGCCAGGCAUACUGCCUGUGGCAACUCAUCCUUGGCUUUUGAAACCAUGAAUAUGUAAUGGACAUGUAGCUUAAGAGUCACAGAAUAACUAAACGCCCAUAUAUAUGCAAGUUCUUUUAAGCUUGCUGAGGCAAAAAGAACUGUGGUUAUGAGUUUGUUUCUAGACUGAAUUUCUAGACUGAAAUCCAUACAUAGUACUGGAUUCUGGGGUGGGAACCUCGAAACUUAUUCAGCAG